GCCACUAUUCGUGGUAUAAAAGCUGUCAGUGAGCAGCUUCAGGCAUCAGUCACUCAGUGUACAGUACAAUAGACAACAUGAAGUUCUUGAUUGUAGUAGCUCUUGCCGUCGCGGCAGCAUCCGCUGAAGAAGCCAAGAAGACCGAGAAACGUGGUGUUGUCGGUCUUGGUUAUGGGGGUCUUGGCUACAGUGGCCUUGCCGGCUCCGGACUUGGUGGUUAUGGCGGCUACAGCGGACUUGGUUACGGUGGUAAUGGAGGCUACGGCGGAUACGGCGGAUACGGUGGUGGAUACGGUGGAUACGGAGGAUACGGUGGAUACGCACCCGUCGCAGUAAGCAAAGUUGCCUACACCACUGACCACACCGGUUACAGCGGCCUUGGCGGAUACGGAGGCUACGGUAGUCACGGUCUUGGAGCUCUUGGAGGUUACGGAGGCUACGGAGGAUACUCUGGUGGAUACGGCUCAUACGGAAACGGUUACUACGGCUCGUCAUCUGCCGGUUACGGCGGUCUCGGCUACGGCGGUUAUGGCCACGGUCUUGGCUACGGUUACCACUAAACUAUAACAUGACAACUGCAUUAGAUGGCGCUGCUAACUUACAUCUAUCUCAUACAUUUUUAUUUUGUAAUACUUUACUGCUUUUAAGUAAGUUGGUAAAGUAUUUCCCCACAGAGAAUAGUGCCAUCUAGUGUCGCAAUAAUGUGUUCAUAUAAAUACUCACCCGAAGAGCAUUCAUGACAAAUAAGAUCAUUAUAGCUACCUUUUGUGAUAUUUUGUAUAAUGAGUUCUAUGUAUCAUUUGUAAAUAUGUAAUAAAAUUAUUAUAUAUACAG